AUGGGUUCGUUUCAGGGACGUGGCAUAGCGCUGGAGGUGCUCACCAUCGUUUUGUCAUCCCUCUCCAUUAUCGGACUCAUACUCGCUUUGAUCAUAUUUCAAAUUAACGAUAAUGGGAAUUCAAAAUCAGUGAAGCUGAACAAGCAGUUAUGUAUUUGCCUUUUGUUGGGCCAUAUUUUCCUCCUCCUUCUCAUUGACCGGCAAAUCGUCAAUCAGUCUCAGAUAGGUUGUGCCAUCUCGGGGAUCUUUCUUCACUUCAUAUUCCUAUGUGCCUUCAUGUGGAUGGCCUUGGAGGGGUUUUUCAUCUAUCGUCAACUUGUCCUGGUAUUUCCAACCGGAUCCAAUCUACCCACACGGACGUACUUCAUCACGGGUUAUGGUGUUCCCUUCGGGAUCGUCGGCAUCACUGCUGCGGUGUCUUUCGGCACUGAUACAUACGGAUAUGGUGCUGGAGAAUUCUGCUGGUUGUCACCGCCUCGCUACAUCUGGACCUUCGCCGGCCCGGUCCUGGUCAUUAUUCUCUUGAACACUGUUUUGAUGUUUCUGGCGAUUCGAAACAUUAGUCAGAGUGGGAAUAUCGGACAUUCCACUCAGAAGAACGAAGUGUACAUAGUAUGGACCACUACAUCUCUUUCGUGCUUAUUGGGCAUCGGCUGGAUAUUUGGGUUCUUCUACAUGCAAGUCACGCCUGUCUUCGUCUACCUCUUCACCAUCAUCAAUGCCUCUCAGUCGAAUGCCUUGAAAUUGAUUCGGUUUCUUCCAAAUAUCAGCAGGGAGAAACCAGGCCACCGUGGUCCACUAUGUCACAUUCCCAUCGUGUGCUGGGAACGUCUCGACUGGACACUGGAGAUUCACAUCUCAUGGAUAGUUCAAGAAGCGAUCGGACAUAAUGGGGAAGAAACGGAGGUCUUCUGACAAGAAUGUUUGAUAAGAGUUAAUUUACGGUUAUGUCAAUAAAGGAUUUUGGAG